GGAAGGAUUAGCAUAAUGGAAUUUUUUAAAAAGUUAUCGUUUUCACCAACAACACCAGGUUGGAGUCAUGCAAGACUUCUUGGACUUCUUGGUGCAAUUUUGGCAUUAUCCUCUUUCAUGCUGCUACUUUGCACAGCUGCAGCCUUUUUCUUCGUUUCAUUCAACACAUUUGUCUUUACUGCAGCUGAGUGCAUUCUGUUAGGUGUCAGAACAAUUCAUGUGAUGGUGCGUUACAUUAUUCACCUAUAUGACACACGGGGAGCUGGAACACCCUCACAGCGUUCCUGGGACAAGAGAGGUCCUUUAACCUAUUAUACAGAUCUAUCGGCCGAGCUAAUAGUGUUAGCUGUGGAUUUCCUCCAUCAUAUCCACAUGCUACUUUGGAGUAACAUCUUGUUGAGCAUGGCCUCCCUUGUAAUCUGUAUGCAGCUUAGGUACCUCUUCUACGAAAUACAGCGCAAAAUUACAAAACACAGAAACUAUCUUGCUGUAUUGAAUCAUAUGGAACAGAAUUAUCCAAUGGCAACACAGGAAGAACUAGCAGAAAAUUCAGACAAUUGUGCUAUUUGUUGGGAGAAAAUGGAAACUGCACGAAAGCUACCUUGUGCUCAUCUCUUUCAUAAUUCUUGUUUGCAAUCUUGGUUAGAGCAGGACACAUCUUGCCCAACCUGUAGACUUGCUUUAAGUAUGCAACCUAAUCACCGUGAAAACACGCAAGAAUUACCAGCUGAGCCACAAACACCGGCAAGACGGAACGAAAAUCAUUUCUUUCAUUUCGAUGGCUCAAGAUAUGUUUCCUGGUUACCAAGCUUCUCUGUCGAAGUCUCUCAUAAUAGAUUGCGUGGAAAUAUUUCUACCAUUGCGCAUAACAACUCCCAAAUGGAUGCUAUGAUACGACAG